UUUGUACCCGGGAAGUGUCAUCAAUCAUUACUGGUAGCUGUCAUGGCGGCAGGGUCGUUUCCAGUGUCUCCGCACUUUCCCGGCUACCGGCCGUUUGACCCAGAGUCUGUGGGGCUGGAUGCUAGCUUCCGCCUCACCUCGUUCUCCGAGAUGAAGGGCUGAGGGUGUAAGGUCCCGCGGGAGACGCUGCUCAGGCUCCUGACGGGACUGGAAGAGGCUGGCGGGGAACCGGAGGCGGACCUAGGGGGACCCAAGCUGGGUAUUGGGAUGGAUUCAUGUGUGAUCCCACUGAGAUAUAGGGGGCUCUCGCUAGUGCAGACCACAGAUUUCUUCUACCCCUCUGUAGAGGAUCCCUAUAUGCAGGGCCGUAUAGCUUGUGCCAAUGUGCUGAGUGACCUGUAUGCGAUGGGCAUCACCGAGUGUGACAACAUGCUUAUGUUGUUGAGUGUUAGCCAGAAGAUGAGUGAAGAGGAGCGCGAGAAGGUGACGCCUCUGAUGAUCAAAGGUUUCCGAGACGCAGCAGAGGAGGGAGGGACGUCAGUGACAGGAGGACAGACUGUGGUUAACCCCUGGAUCAUCAUAGGAGGAGUAGCCACAGUUGUCUGCCAAUCAAAUGAAUUCAUCAUGCCUAACAACGCUGUGGCUGGGGAUGUCCUUGUUCUGACCAAACCUUUAGGGACUCAGGUGGCUGUGAACGCGCAUCAGUGGCUGGAAAUUCCGGAUCGGUGGAAUAAAAUCCGCCUUGUGGUUACCAAAGAGGAUGUUGAGCUGGCCUAUCAGGAAGCCAUGUUCAAUAUGGCUACACUUAACCGUACAGCCGCAGCCCUCAUGCAUACGUUUAAUGCCCACGCUGCCACAGACAUAACUGGUUUUGGAAUCUUGGGCCACGCUCAGAACAUGGCACAGCAGCAGAAUGCUGAAGUGAGCUUUGUCAUUCAUAACUUGCCCAUUAUCGCAAAGAUGGCCGCUAUCACCAAAGCCUGCGGCAACCGAUUUAACCUUUUGCAAGGAACCUCCCCAGAGACAUCUGGUGGCCUACUCAUCUGCCUCCCCCGCGAACAAGCAGCGCGCUUUUGUGCAGAGAUAAAGUCUCCAAAACACGGAGAAGGUCACCAAGCUUGGAUCAUUGGCAUUGUGGAGAAGGGCAACCGCUCAGCCCGCAUCAUUGAAAAGCCACGUAUUAUUGAAGUUGCCCCCCGGGGAGCUGGGACUAGCGACAACAGUACUGCAGCCAAUCUGGAUGCACCAUGCUAAAUAUAGAGGAAGACCAAGUAUAAUCUGAAUCAGAACUCAAUUGGUUUGUGUGUCUUAGUCAGAGCAACUGGAAUUAAAGAGAGUAUGAACCAGGAGCACCUGCUGGCUGGAACUCUGUUCUACUGUUUUUGAUCCUGAUAAUUCUGUUUUCAUGAUGGAGACUUGUAACGGGUAGGGGGCAUCAGCUGAGUCCUUUCUAGAUCCCCUCCUAUCAUGAGUCCAGAACUGAGCAGCUGGGUCUGCAAGUGUGGAGGGGAAAGGGUUGGGGAGUUAGGAUUUGAGCUACUGGGAAGCCCUCGUCUAUCCAUGACGCUACUUUUUCUAAAACCCGUGCCAGGGCUGGAAGUAGCCGAAUAUCUCAGAAGAGGGUAAAGACCAAAAUCUUCCUACUUGUUUUCAAUAAACAUCAUGCACAGUAGAAACAAA